CAUCCUCUGUUAACGACGUUGAAAAGUCCCGCGGUAUGUGUGGUAAAAUAUCAACACUGGACGACGACUUGAUAAAGAGAGACGAUUCCGUUGCUCAUUCUACCGAUGAUUUUGCAGAAUCGUGGAGGGUAACGGCCCAAGAUAACCUGUUUGACCCUGACAUUAUUAGCGGCGGAUUGACAUCCUAUAAACCGCUUUUUCAAUACUGCACGUGCGAACGAGAGACAGAUCCUCAAAAUCCAAGUAUAACAUGUGCCGCCAUGGCUGCCUCUGAGACGUGCGUAACUCCAGCCAGAGCUGAGGAUAUCAAGCCGAAAAACUGCAUCAUAUCAAAGAGAAAGAAACGCAUGGCACAACACUUUGUGAAACGAAUCAAAAGGCAAAUUACAUCUCUUAACGAAUGGUCGAAUGGUUGGAAUUUGACUUCGGCACAGGACUAUUGCGAUGAAAGGUUUUCCAAGGCUGAGUCGGUGAAGGUGUGUAAAGACGUUCCGGGUGUCAACGUCGCCGACAGUAUAAAGACCUGUGUGAAUGACAUUCAGCUCAGCGGUACUACAGAUUUUACUUCUAUGGCGUUGGAAAGCGUACGCGUGAAAUGUGUAAGUGAAGCCAUGCUCAACCCUGCCCUCCGAGAGUCUACGGCUGGUGAACCAUCCAUCUUUGAUAAAAUAACAAAAGACACAUGUAUGCAUGAUUGUAAUGGAAGAGGUACCUGCAAUGACGGACUGUGUCAUUGUGACACUGGCUUCGGUGGAGGGGACUGUUCGGUUGAUUUGUCCAUUCCCCCUGUUCUUGUCGACGACAGCGAGGGAGGUACAUGUGACCUAGCUACGGGCAGGUGUGCAGAGAUGGCGGUGUUGGGUGACAUCUUUAGUGGUGAAGAAACUUCAAAAUGUCAAAUGAAGAAAUAUGUGGUAACACGGGAUGGAAACUUGGCCGCUCCAGUCAGUACAACACCAAGGGCAGUGUUCGAGAGUAUUAGUGAGGUGACAUGCACAACGCCAGACCCCGGAGAUGACGACGUUGUCACGGCUUACAAUAUGUCAGUGUCUCAAGAUGGUCGCGCCUACAGUAAUGAGUUGCGGUUCCUUGUGUACGACUCGACAUGCGUCACCGUCGACACGGACACUAUGGAAUGGAGAGUACAGGGCGGAUACUGCACACAUAAAGGGAAAUGUGUACGUGAAGGUGAAAUCAGAGGAGACGACCCCUGCUUCAUCUGUCAUGCCAACGAGCACGGGGGGUACUGGAUGAAUACGUAUGGCGGUGAUGAUUGCACGCCCAUCAUGGACAAUGGUGGGACAACCUGGGGAAGAAGGAUGUCCAUCUUAAUGUGGCUUCUUGGCGCUUCAACACCUGUCAUCAUCUAUUACCUAUAGCUUGUAAUCAAUCGACAAUAGUAUUCAAGAAAAUACGUUGCUAUUCUAUCUAAAGUUACAGAAGAUCUUGUUCAGAAACUGACAACGUCCAACCAGGAAAUCAAUAUAUAUAUAUAUAUAUAAACAUAUAUAUUGACCCUUUUCUGUCUACCUAACAAAAUAGCGAAAUGAACAUUAAUAUCAUUAAUAUCGCUUUCUUAUAUUCUGUCGUCUUUGAAAAGUAUGUAAUUAUAUCACAGUUCUUAACAUUCGUUUUAUGUGUGUAAUUUUUGUGAUUUUUGCUCUCUUUUUCGCGAACACCUGAUAUCCCCACUAUUUGAUAGCGAUUCAAUGGGACAUGCUCAUGAGAUCUAAUCAUGUCGAUUUCUAAUCGAUGCCGAAAGCGCUUUGUCAUUUAUGUAUCGAUAAUAUAACGUUUCCUUCAAUAAAUAACUUCUUUCCUCAA